GAGAGACGGUAACUGUUUCCGAAAAAGUGUCAGAUCAUGAAAGCAAGCUACCAGCUCGUGCACGUUACGUCUACACUGAAAUAACUUCAAACGCAGGCAGGUGGUUGCAUGAAGGUUAGUGGCGAACACCCAGGCAUUAAUUUUAUUUCAUCCAAGGAUAUUUCUCUUAACAAAGACAAAGGAAUUGAUAGAGUUGGAGCUUCCUUUUUGCCAUUCUUCAUUGCGAGCAAGUGUUAUGGAAGGAGGGCCAUAGACUAAAGGAUACCAAACCUUGAUAAUCUUUUUGGAAUGAAUCUUCUCUUCUUAACUGGAUGAAAUGCCUUGACCUUACCCCCACCGUAGCAUGGCAGGUUUAGUCUCCUCUGUGGGUUUGGUGGUGAUGCUCAAGGCUCUUAUGCAUGCCCGUGGCCAGCGUGCAGUGUUUCUUGGGAUGACGGUGUUAGUAACAUUGAUCGCAGCUGACUCACCUGUUGCAGACGAGUCUCUGUUGGACUCCACACACCAAUCCAUUGGAUUUCUUGGACAUGUUCCAAGUUCAACAGGAUUCAAACCAUCAGCCAUACCAGCCUCACAUUAUACUGCCUUCAAGAGCCCUGACUUACCUGGGGGCCUGCCAUCCAUUUAUAAACCAAACCAUGAAGUCAGGACAUCAACAACACCUCAGCUAGGUAUUAAUUCGGAGCAAAAAGAAACUUUCAACAAGCAGCAGGAUGGUGCAUCAAAGCAGACGGUGGCAAUCACGACCACACUUCCUGCUCAGCCUCUUGAGCCCCCUAAACUGGCUUUCCCCGGCCCUAAGGCAGAUGAAUCUUAUAGUAAAAUCCUGGAUGUGAACCAGCUGAGCCCCAGCAGUGCCCCCUUGGAGGAGAACAAACCAGCACAUGACAUAAACAUGCUACCCAACACAGAUAAAAUUCCGGCCCCUGGCUACAGUGUGCCUUUCAUCGUCCCCCACCCUACAUCCCCUUCAUCGGAACCCACUGAGGUCUCCCCAGAGGACUUCUACCCCACCAACACCAUGGACUUUGACUUGGGGUCCGGGGACUACUUGGAGACAAUGUCCUUCUUAAAUUCAAACGGAGAGGACUACUCUCCCGUCACCAAGGUGCCCUCUGACGCAUAUGAUCUGGAGGACUAUACAGAAAGCUAUGACACAUCUUUCCCUUCCAGAGUAGGCAUAUUUCCUUCGUCCAUGAAUCCUCUUCACAUCUCACCUUCUACCAGCCUCACGACAGCAUACAGCACCGUUGUUCCACUUAAAUCCGUUCAUCCAACCUCUUCGUCCUCUACAAUUCACUAUACACUGGACCCUAGUACCACAGCUAACAUGGAUUUACCCGACGCAUCAGACAUUGAUUGGCCAGAUGCUUUCACCAUUCAACCGACAGAUGUUCUCCUACCUGACAUGAACAGCCUGGAGUAUUACAACACUCAGUUAACCAAGGAGAACAAUAGUUCAGACACUAGAGCCGAACACAGAGGGAACGUUACCGUAGUAUCCAUCGGUUCUAUAGACAUCACACCCACAACCAAAUUCACUGAGGAUGAGUCCUCCAGUGACAUUUCAGGGUUUGAGCCUCAAGAUGAAUCAACCCCAGCAUUAACCACAGAGGAGAGUCCUCGGCUGGUCAAUGCCUCUGAGCCUUUUCUGGAUCCUUCCAUAGUCCAGACCCACUUCUUUGAUCCCUCUUCUUCUAUCUGGGGUGGUCAGGUGUCCACCCCACAUUGGUCUGGACAUACUCUAACUGUUGCCCUGGACAGCACUGUAUUAGCAGAAGCUAUGCUAACCAGUGCCACACCUUUGCUGCCAGAUGAUGUAAUGUCUUCCUCCUCUCUCACAGAUGUCCAUUGGUUUGAUGAGUCAUUCCCGUCAAGUACCAUACACACCACUCCUGUCUUAACUGCGACCAUAGCCUUCUCCCCUGUUCCCACGGAACCCGCUGCCAACACUACGGCUGGUACAACAGAAUUAAUUCCCAGAGACUCUACUUUUACAACUGAACAAACCCUCACUAUCAAUUUAGUUUCCACUGAACCCACAACUAAUGUCACUGUGGGCCCUCCGGCCGUAAUGGGUGAUCAGGGGGUGACUGAAGAUGGAGUUGACAUCCCAGCCACAAUGACCUUGAUCCCAACUAACAGUGAAGCUAAUACAGGCUCUGUUGUACCCACAACUACAACUGCCACAACUACUUCUCAUCAAGCCGCAACUACAACUACUGCCACCACUGAAGCCUCAACUAGAAUCAACAGUACUGCCAGUGAAAAGACCACAACUACGUCAACAUCAAGGCCGUACCUCUGCAACCUUGAAGGGCGUUCUUAUUUAGUAAAAGUUGGUUUUCCUUCCGGUGCCACUGUUGGAUAUGCCAAAUCUCAAGUGAGAGACAUACUGAAAGGGGAAUUCAACAAGUCUGUGGAGCUGCAGGUUGUGGAGCCCCCACCAAAGUUUGUGUUUCGGGUGAUGUCUGGUCCAGUUGUGUACACAGCCAUAUCUGUCGUCAAUGCUCUGCAAAGGUCUGGGCGCCGCUUCCUGUCUGUGUCUCCCAACUGGACAACACCUGACAGAAAAUAUCAAGUCCACACAGUGCUGCAGUUUGUUCCCAGUCACAUAGAUGUGCGGUUCUGCAACUUCAGUGAGAGCAUUAAGAAAGGUUUGACCAUGGCCUUUGCAGAAGUGCGUCGGCGCUCCAAGGAGUCAACCAACUUCACAGUUCAUAUUGUAAACAUCACCAUGGCGGCUCCUGAAUAUCAGGAACACCGGCUUGUGAGGCAGCCGGUGGACGUGACCUUCACUGUGCGCGGUUCAAGGGGUUAUCUAAUGGGGUCAGAGGUCAGCGAUGCUCUGAUGAAGCUCACAAUGGUGGAAUUCAGCUAUUACAUGGGCUUUCCUGUACUGCAGAUUGCUGAGCCUUUCCAUUACCCAGAGUUGAACACAAGCCAGCUGCUUCGCUUCUCCUGGGUCAGAACAGUGCUCCUGGGUGUGCUGGACCAGAAAGUGAAUGAGAGGACCUUUCAAGCCAACAUGGAGCGCCGGGUGGCCAUGUUACUCGGGGAGGCAACGGGAUUAGUCAGACGUGUUAAGAGAGCCACCCUUAUAGGCAACAACAGUAUACAGGUUGUAAGUACGAGCCGGCUGGUGGGUGCGGACCAUCCCUUGGAGAUAGUGUACUUUGUGGAGGGUCCCAGUGGUCAGAGGAUGCCUGCAGUUCAAACAGCAAACCUACUCAACAGCCUGGACGUUCAAAGGGCUGCCAUCGUCUUGGGAUAUCGUGUCCAGGGCAUUUUGGCACAGCCGGUAGAGAAGGUGGCGUCGUCACCCUCUGAUGCUGAGAAAACCAACAUGUGGAUUGUCAUUGGGGUUGUGAUUCCCCUCCUUGUGGUCAUCAUCAUCAUUUCCAUCCUGUACUGGAAACUGUGUCGGACAGACAAGCUGGAGUUCCAGCCAGACGCCAUGACCGCCAUCCAGCAGAGACAGAAGUCUACUACCUCAUUCAGACAAUCAAGGACCUCUCUUCACCACACACUCCCUCCAUCUAAAAAGGAUAUAGAGUUUAGUGAGGAGGAAGAGGGGGAGUAUGAGGAGGAAGAAGAGGAGUAUGAAGAAGAAGAGGAGGAGGAGGAGGAGGUGAAGGAGGUUAAAAGAGGGAAGAUACCAGUAGCUAUCUCCAAGAGCAAACAGCCUAUGAGCAGUGAGGAGGAAGAAGAGGAAGAAGAAGAAGAGGAGGAGGAGGAGGAGGAGGAGGAAGAAGAAGAAGAAGAAGAAGAAGAAGGAGAGAAAGACGAUAAAGAUGAGGAAAAGAUGAAAUUGAAAAGGGAAGGAGUUAAACCAGAUGAGCAAAUAAGACUAGAGAGCAAAACAAUGUCAAUGAAAACAGGAGAGAUGAAGAAAGAAGACAAAUUGAAAGUGUUAACUAAAGGGAGGAGAACCAUGGAGCAGUUGCAGGCUCCGAGUGUGAAAGGCUUCGACUUUGCCAAGCUGCACCUUGGCCAGCAGAGUAAGGAUGAUGUCAUGGUGAUCCAGGAGCCUGUCCCGCCGGGGCCUGGCCCUGGACCCCUACCCCUCUCCCUUAAAGAUGGUUUCAGUCCAUCUGAGAACGGGGAGCUCCCCACACCCAAAUCCAAAACCUCCACCAAGGCGUCCCGUAGCGGUCGAAGGCGAGAAAGGAUCUCGCCGUCUGAAGGUGACUCUGUGGUAAGCGACCGUUCCAGUGAGCGGGAACCAAUCGAGGAGAACCUGAGAGCCCACGCCACGCCCAGCGACUGCAAGCAGACCCGUAAGGUCCCCAUUAAUGUUUUAAAUGGCAAGAAUAGAAUUGGUCCUCCUCCUCUGAAUGGUACAAACGAGCAGCUGUCCUCAGCCUCCAUUUUUGAACAUGUUGAUCGGAUUCCUCGUGCCGCAGAUGCAAGCAGGAGACUCCCCAACAAAAUCCAACUCAUCGCCAUGCAGCCCAUGCCUGUCCCACCGCUGCACAGCCCACCCAUUAAUGGCAAAGUGCCUGACACCAACCAAAUCAACAAAGAGAUCCAGGUAGCAUUGAGGCACAAGUCAGAGAUUGAGCAUCAUCGUAACAAGAUACGUCUCCGUGCCAAGAGGAAGGGCCACUACGACUUCCCCUCCAUGGAUGACAUGACGAGUGGCCUCCGAGAUCCAAAGGACCAGGAUCGCAUCUAUCAGAAAGCACAGAUACAGAUUGAUAAGAUCCUGGACCCCGAUGCCGAGAUGUCUGCCAUCUUCAUGGAAUCCAAGAAAAGCGGGCGAGGUAGGCGCUCUCCCAAACAAAGGAUGAAGGACCAGCUAAAUGGAGGCAUGAUGGAAGCAGACAAAGACCACCUCAUCACUGAAGACAGUGAUGCUGUUUACAGAAAGUGUCCUGGAGUCAACAAUGUGGCCUAUGUAUCGGACCCUGACCAAGGUCCAGGAUCCCCUCACAGGAGCCCCUCCCCCACCGAUGACGUCUUUCUGGGUCCCGCUUCCUCUCCUCCAGGCCAUGCCCCUCCCCCACCCCCCUACAUGCCUCCACAGCCCUCCAUUGAGGAGGCACGGCAGCAGAUGCACUCCCUGCUGGACGAUGCCUUUGCCCUGGUGUCGCCCACCUCUCAAGGCAGCAUAGCAGGGAUCACUCUCCCUGGGGUCAACACCAACCCUCCUAUCGCCAGCCCUCCAGGCCGUGGCCCCAGAUCUUGGGGUCCUUCCUACCAAUCUCUUGGCCCUUUCCCUAGCAGGUUGACUGAGCUGUCCCCUCCACCUGCCCAAGGCCUGCUACCAAGGCAGGGCCUUGGCUCGAGCUUCCUGCCGCCAGGAGAAACAGCAGGGCAAUGUGAGCCAGACAGCCUGUACUCCAGCAGGGGCAUCUACACAGAUGAGCUGCCCUCCUCUGCCAGACCGCGGCCAGUAGGGGGAACUACAGGUGCCCAGCUUCAUCAUCUUACACAGGUGGGAUUGUCCAGUCGGAUGAAUGGUUACCCAGCAGGCAUCCGGGCGGCUCCGGGGCAGAAUGGAGGCAUUGGCUGGAACCACUAUCAUGGUGACCAUUUCUCCAGAGCAGAGCCUGAAAAAGAUGCAUUCCUGGACUGUCCUGACUACUCGUCCUUCUCUAUCUUCCAGACGCCCAGAGGUGGUAUCAGGGAGCCUUCGGCGCCCCCUGUCCACCUAGACACCCCGGGGGUGGGCUAUCUGUCGGCCCCACCUCCCCUGGACACAUGUCCUCCCACCCACUCAUCUGCCUCCCUGAUCAAGGCCAUCAGGGAGGAGCUGUUGCGUCUCUCCCAGAAACAGGCAGCUGUGCCCAGCUACCACAGCUGAAGCCCCGGCCUCCCGUCUGUUGCUCUAACCAGUCACGCCACUGACCCCGCCUGCCUGCUUCACCUAAUCUGACUUUACUUCCCAUGGAAGUCCCCGAGGGUGUACAGCAGAGAGAUAGUCCUGCUUAACUGAAGUGAAGAUGUGGCUUAUAGAAACUUUGACAUGAAGAGGCUGAACUACUGAAUGACAGGAUGGUUGUUAAAGCUCCUAACCAGACCAGCUGCAGCAUGUCAAAUCAGAGACAGUGUUAUGAAAUGAAGAACAAUAAUCACAGCCUAUGCUGGAACUUUUAAGAUGAGACCAUGUGACAUGUGUCUGUCCUGCACUUUCACUGUGGAUCAGGGAUCAGGGAUCCACAUCCGGGCGUUAUUUGAGAUCCGCGUUUCUUCCGCCUCCGUAUUCCGCCUCCCAGUUCCAUUCUCAUGCUGCCUUCACUAAACAGGAAUACCCCCUAAGACACAUCUUAUGUUCCUCAACAUGAUUUAAACCAAAUUAGGUAUUUUCUUGUUUCGCAAUGCCGGCCCUAAACCUCUACAUCACCAUCAGGUGCUACUUCCUGUUUUCCGCCAUGACGAGCCAUGCUAUGCCUUGACACUGUGAUGUUGUUCACCGGACCCGGGACACUGUACCCGCCUACAGUACGGUCUAAGUUCACAGCCAGCGAGUCAGCUCAGACAGUAGACACAAAGGGGCAUCCAUAGAGACUAAUAACACUAAUAACACUACCUAGGUCUUUCCACAAUUACUGCAGUAGAACAAUUAGUCUGAGUUGAUAUCUUCUUGUGUACUAUUUGCAUUUAUGUCUCGUGUUUUAACUGUAUUUAUGUUAAUUAGCUAACAGACGGCUGGACAAAAAUGGCCUUCAUUCAUCUUCGAACAGGACUUCAGAGGCAUGUGUUUGAGCUACAGGCACACACGUGUUACAUACAAUGACUGAAGACUUUCAGUAUGUACUUGACAAUUAGGGUGUGUUGUAUUUGGGUGUAGUUUGAUGCACUGUAUGCCGGCUACUUGGUACAGCUCAGGUCGUUCAAAAAGAGAUUCCUUCAGCGAUGAGACAGUUUGAUGGGUCAUGUUAAUGAAGGAACGUCCCAGAGACCAGUAUUCUGUUUCAACAUGAACCUGUAUUUACUAUGUAGUGAACCACCAUCUCUGUUUUAUGCAGUAUUCAACGCAUACUUUGCCUUUUGUUAGUACAGAAGGGAGAUAAAAAAAGCGCACUGUAUUUGUCGUCAUUUAUGGUUUACUUCAAGUUUAAGUGGUUUUUAAAGUCCUUUGGAUUUA